GCUGGGUAAUCUGUGACGUUUCACUCUCAAAAGUUGGGCCAUUUUGUCAUCCAUGCGCCAAUGAGCAACUCUCAUAGGAAUGAAUGAGGCCCCGCCUUCCACGCUGUAUCCAGUUCUUAUUAUACAUCCAUGGUCACCUGUAGUGACAGUUACAGCGGAUGGGCGGAGGGCGGAGCUGAAGUAAAGAUGGCGAGUCUUCAACAACUGUGCUGCCGUUACAGCUGGAUGUGAUCCAGCAGUGAUGUGUCGCUUCCGGUCGUCUGCUUGUUUUGUGUUUGGGCGGCUGUUUGUUGUCAUGGUAUCCUCCUCAGGGCUGCAGGUUUUAGGUGGAUUUAUUACCUCAGUUGACAGGACCUUCCUACAGUUCCUCUGUCCAAUGGAAGCUAAUGGGUGCAGCCAGAGGUGGGGGGUGCUUCUCCCAGAGUAUGAACAGAGCAGGAGAGGCUCCAGUCCUUCUUCACCACACACACGUGUUACUGUGGCUGCAGACAGACAGUAUGUCAGGAGGACGCCCCUGUUCUCUGCACAUCAACAUGCGUCCAUCCUAAAGAAGCACACAGACAAGGAGAACCCGUUGGCUGUCAGCAGACCUGAAGAACAGCUCACUGACAGGACCUCCUGCAGCAGAGUGAAGGAGGAGCUCAGCCCAGACAGCUUCAGCCUCUCUUACAGGGACAUGUCCCCUCCUUCACCCUGGAGGAGAGACCUUGCCUCACCCAUGGUUGUUUCAGAUCUCAGGGACCGGCUGUCCACUCUCCCUGGCAGCAGAUCCGCUCAGCAGAGCCUCUCCAACUCCAACAUGAAAGUCCAGAGACUGAACAAACCAGUGCGCCUGCAGCUGACCUCUGCCGUCCUGCAUCCGACAUACAGCCCUCGCUCAGGGGACUCCAGGAGGAGUCGUCGGGGGGGGGGCAAACUGUGCCCUUCUGGAGGACAUCCUGUGACUCCCUUUCAGGCCGAGUACUGGGCCUGUGCCAUCCCCCCAGCUCUGCCUCUAUCUCCGGACAGACAGACCGCGAGCUGGGAUCCUAACAGGGAGUACCAAGCGCUGUUGGACUACAGCUACCCUCUGAGAGCGGGACAGCCGCUCUGUGCGGGGGCCAGCCCUGAGCACCAGGAACACACUCUCAACCCGCAGGACUCAGGGAUAGAGCAGGACCUCCUAUGUAGCUCUGCCAGUCUGUCUCUCAGUGGGGGGCACAGGUCUCCUAGCCUAUGGGGGCUCAAAGCCUCUGGUACCUCGCUCUCCCUUGCAGACUUGUACUGCAGUCCUCAUCAGCAAUGUGCACUGUCCAGGUGUGCAUUUGAGGAGCUGGACGAGGUCUUCUGCCCUCUUCCAGAGCAGCUGGAGGGGCUGCAGCUGCUGCCCAGACAGGUGAGAGAGGUCACAGCCAGCUGGGAGUCUGUGCAGUGGGGGGGCUCCAACCUCUCCCCCGUCCCCCUGCCUGAGACACAGGAAGUGCUGCAGGACACACCAGAAGAAGAAGAGGAGAAGAGAGCCUCAGCUGACCACAGGGACUCUGCAACAGUGAGGAGUCCUUCUGGAGCCUGGGUAGAGCCUGCAGGGGGGGGUGGGGGAGCCUGUCCACCCAGUAUCAGGGUGCUGCCUGGCAGCCAGGAGAAGCAGGAGCAGCACAGUGACUCCCUGAUGCAGCACAUCCAGGUCUUCUGCUCGCAGCUGGAGCAGCUCAUUCAGCAGCUGCAUGCAGUGUCAGAGCAGAUGGAGCUGCAGACUGUGCCCACUGUGGAUAUUGCCGGGGUCAAGUCCUCUCUUGCUGAGUACCAGAGAGCAGUGAGGGUCCAGCAGCCUCUGACCUCUGUGACCUCCAGCGUGCUGUUCAGCGGUCAGCUCCUCCUCCGCUGCAUUGACCACAUGUCUCCAUUUUUAAGAGACACCCUGCAGCUGAUAAAGAGUCACUGUGGAGCUCUUGAGAGCCGCACACAGCACCUCCUCUGCUCCAUCCAGUCUGCCAUGGAAAGCCUUAGCCAUCAGAACCAGCACAACCAUCAGAACACCCAGACCAGAGUAGAGGAGGCUGCCUCCUCUCUGUCAUAGGAUUUGUUACACUUAUUUGUGUACUAUCUAACUUUGUUCCAACAAUUCACAUACUGUAUAAUGCACAGCUCUCAUUUGAACAUGUUGGCAUCUUGUGUAUCAGCUUGGUAUGUGAAAAAUAAUGUCUCAACCCAACUGAUCACAUUGAAUAUUACAUAAAAACAAUAUUCUAUUAUGUUUUUUCUUAAUCAUAUAGAUGUUCACCAUGGUAUUGAUUUGUCGCUUGUAAUGUAAAUGUAAUUGACCUUUUUCAACUGUUUUUUAAUGAGAUUUAAUCAUCAUUCAAAGACAAAACAACAUCAUGGAAUCUAUCCAGUGUAUAAAUUCAAUGUUUACUAAUUCAAAGUAACACUUUCUAACACCUAAUUACUGCUGAGUCAGCCCUGAUUUUUAGUUUUGGAGAAGCAAAGCUGUGUGUAUGAUCAAUUGACUUCGUAAUGUUUUAUUAUCAGCUAGUCCAACAUUUCCCACAGCCGUAUGGUCUGUUGUCACUCUUUUCAGUCCCGUGUGUUCUAAUGUUAAAUAAUCACGUUUAAACCUAAGCUCUGUUCUAUCCAGGAACACAGCCUCCACCACAAUAUAUAUAUAUAUAAUAUGAAUUAUCAUAUUAUAAUAGACAUGAAUGGGAUUUAGUUUUUGGUGCCCACAGUAUCGACAAAUGAUCUACCAGAAGGACAGAAGAAGAGGGCAACUUAUGUAAGUGCAUGUUGUGAAUAAGAGAGUAACAGUCAAAGCCGAAAGAUGACAUUUAAAAGACUAGGUCAUAAUAAUUCCCUUGUUAUUUUUGGGUGGCAAGAACAACAGCUACCAUUUGCCCUUCCGAGGUCGGACACACCCAUUCCUGUGGCAACGCAUCCCUUAAAUACCUGUGCCCUAGGUAAAAGGACAGCGAUACCCUAUGGCACACAUUGAAUUACAUACACUUGUGCAGAAUUGAACUCAAACAGAACACUUGCUUGAAAUGGCUCAGUUACAGUUAUAAAGGAUAACAACAUUUGUGUUUUGUUGUCACUACUCAAAACCUUCUCAAAUAAUUUGAAUAAAAGUGUUACAUUCGUAACUUG